AACAUUUUAUAUAUAAACUAUGACACAGUACAAUAAAUACAAUUAGCCGGAGCACCAAAUACUCGUAAAGUCUAAUUGCAACAUGAAAUACUUCGCAGUCUUCGCCCUUCUUGCCGUGGCCUCGGCCGCCGUGCUGCCACCCUCUGUGGUGGUCAACAACCCCGAGAUCCAGGAAAUCCUGGCCUCCAUCCAGAACCCAAGCACCGACCCCGCCACCGCCGCUGCUCUAGAGCAGAUGCUCCUCGAAGUUCUUGGCAUCGCCAAGCCCGAGCCCAUUCAGGUUGGACCCGCUAUCGUUGACGAGUACGAGCCCAUCCACGUUGGACCCGCUAUUGUUGGCGAGCCCAUCCACGUCGGACCCGCUAUCAUUGACGAAUACGAGCCCAUCCACGUUGGACCCGCCAUUGUUGAUGAACAGGAGGUCGCCCCUGUCAUCCCCGCUCCCUCUGCUCAAUCUCCACUUGUUCAAAUCAUACUGAAGAUCAACGUGCCUACCAACGUGCCUGGCUCCCCCGUCGUCGUGGAGACCGUCCCCCCCGCGCCCACCCCCGUUCAAGUCGUCGAGGAGGCUGAGGUCCCCGAACCCGUCAUCGUAGUUGACCAACCUGUCGUCGCUGAGCCCGUCAUUGUUGCCCCAGUCCUCCCCUCUCCCGUUGUUGUACUUCCCGACAUUCUUAAUUAAAGGGGAAUAAAGUACAAAAAAAAAUCACAUACGGCAUGCAAAACACCAGAGUUUAUCACAAACAUUAUUUUGUUU